CACGUCAACCAGAGAACAUGAUGCCUCUUUGCAAGUCAACUCGUGUGCGCCGUAGCUGAUAGAGGUACCUCGAGCUGAAAUAUUAUAGCUCUAUUGUACUGGAGAGCGUGGUGUGACAGCCCCCGGGUUCAGCAAAUGGCCUGCUUCGUAUCGCCGCACUGACGGGGGAGAGUGUCGCCACAUUGGCGUUCAAGCUGGCAGGGCGACACAGAAAUCAACUUUGUCUAUUUUUAAUGGACACGCUUCGAGCGGCGGCGGCGGCGGCAGCAGCGGCGGCGGCGGGCGGUUUGUUUUCCUUUCGUCUUUAUCUGUAGCUGCUCGAGCAAGCCCCGUGUGAGCCCCCCGUGUGUCCCCUGCUCGUCUGGCUACCUCCUGCUCCUCCACAAACAGUCCCAUUUAGAACAGCAUGGUCAUGGCUGACAGUGUCCAAAAACCGCUGAUCCGGGGUCCGGUCCGAGUGGGCUUCUACGAUAUCGAGCGUACUUUAGGAAAGGGCAAUUUCGCUGUCGUGAAGCUGGCUCGACACCGCAUUACCAAGACCGAGGUGGCCAUCAAGAUAAUCGACAAGACCCAACUGGAUGCUGUCAACCUGGAGAAGAUCUACAGAGAAGUUCAGAUCAUGAAGAUGCUGGACCACCCCCACAUCAUCAAGCUGUACCAGGUGAUGGAGACGAAGAACAUGCUUUACUUAGUCACAGAGUAUGCCAAGAAUGGGGAAAUCUUCGACUACCUGGCAAAGCACGGCCGUCUCAGUGAGCUAGAGGCCAGGAGGAAGUUCUGGCAGAUCCUGUCGGCGGUGGAGUAUUGUCACAACCGCAACAUCGUCCACAGGGACCUGAAGGCGGAGAAUCUGCUCCUGGAUGGCCACAUGAACAUCAAGAUUGCAGAUUUUGGAUUCGGGAACUUCUUCCAGCCUGGGGAGCCUCUGGCCACGUGGUGCGGCAGCCCGCCUUAUGCUGCUCCAGAGGUCUUUGAGGGCCAACAGUAUGAGGGUCCACAGCUGGACAUCUGGAGUAUGGGGGUGGUGCUGUAUGUGCUGGUGUGUGGUGCUCUGCCCUUUGAUGGGCCCACUCUGCCUGUGCUUCGACAGAGAGUCUUAGAAGGGAGGUUUCGCAUCCCCUACUUCAUGACUGAAGACUGUGAGCACCUGAUCCGCAGGAUGUUGGUCCUGGACCCAUCAAAGCGUCUGUCUGUGACCCAGAUCAAGGAGCACAAGUGGAUGGCUCUGUACGCUCCUGUGCAGAGGCCUGUCCUGUACCAGCAGCCUCUGUCUGCUGAGGGCGAGGCGGGUGUGGGAGAGUACAGCGAACAGGUCCUCCGCCUGAUGCACAGCCUCGGCAUCGACCAGCACAAGACUAUAGAGUCUCUGCAGAACAAAAGCUACAACCACUUCGCUGCUAUCUACUACCUGCUGGUGGAGCGGCUCAAGGCCCAUCGCUGCAGCUUCCCCGUGGAACAGCGGCUUGACGCCCGCCAGCGACGGCCGAGCACCAUCGCCGAACAGACUGUCGUCAAGUCGACCAAUGGUUCAACCCAGGUGGGUUUGCUCCCGCAGGGUGUUCGUCUGUUGCGCUCCCCUGCUGUGCCCCAAGCCUCCUCCGAUGCUUUCACCUUCCCCCAGACUGCUUGUCCCCUGGAGCAGAAUUUCAUGGUGGAGGACGUCAACACACCCAAAGUGAACGGCUGCCUGCUGGACCCACUGCCUCCCCCCACUGUCCUCCGCAAGUCCUCCACCUCGUCGCCUAGCAACAUGAUGGAGACGUCGAUCGAUGAGGGCAUCGAGACAGAAGAGCCCGACACAGAAGAUGAUCCUCCCCACAUGCUCUCGGCCUAUCAGACAGCUCGGUUUGGGCAACGGCGACACACCCUCUCUGAGGUGACCAACCAGCCAGGGCCUUCGAACCAAGGCAAACUCUUCACUCUAGGCCACAACCCCUCCAUGGGUAGCGUGGACUCGGACAUCGGCUACGACAUGGGCUCCAUGCACAGCGACCUCGGCCUGCUGGAGGAUCCCCCGUCUCUCAGUGAAGUGGUAUCGGCCAACAGUUCUGCCCCCGGCGUCACCCCUACGCCUUUCUUAAGUGCUCGGCCUGCCAACCCAGCGAUGGCUGUCCUGACCUCCCAGCACAGGGAGACGCACAAUCGGUCCCCCAUCAGCUUCAGAGAAGGACGCCGUGCCUCUGACACCUCCCUCACCCAAGGUCUGGUUGCGUUUCGGCAGCACCUUCAGAACUUGGCGAGGACCAAAGGCAUCCUGGAGCUGAACAAAGUGCAGAUGCUGGUGGAGCAGAUGGGCUCUGGGGAAGGGGCCGCCAUGGGCCCCCUGGGACCACAGCACCACUUGCACAACCUCCUGGAGGGUGAGGCUUCCAAGCAGCAGGAGGGCCUAGCUUUAUACCAAGGUGGGCCGCAGCCGCCUCUCCUGUCCCGCAGACAGAGCUUAGAGACACAAUACCUCACUCAUAGACUACAGGCCAACGUCAUGGCUAACAGUCCUGCUAGCUGCCAACUUUUCUGUAAGGACACUCGAACUUUAGAGCAGCAGCUGCAGGAACACAGCAUCUACUGCACUCCCCACAGACUGAACCAGAAGAGGAUGUACCUGCAGCAGUCACAGGGCAUGGGGCUGCAGGCCUACUUCAACCAGAUGCAGAUAGCUGAAGGAUCCUACCCGACAGGCGGCCCCGCUCUGGACCCGGCGGCGUCUCAGAGUUCCCCUCAGGGCCCCCCCAUGUCAGCCGCCCACCAGCCUCAGCCCCAGCAGCAGGGCAGUCCUCAGGCCUCUCCUCCCUUCAGCCACCCCCACAGCCUGAGUCCCUUGAUGGAACCGAGCGAGGGCCUCAUUUAUGAUCCCUACAUGAGCCACCACCACUACGCCCAACACCUGCCCCCUGGAUCUCACCUCCACCACCAGCUCCACCAUCCACAGCCUCAUGACGCCUCCGCCAGCAGCUUGGGAUUCAGCUACCCUGCAGGCUGUGAGCAGCAGGCCCUGGGGCCUUCCACUGAGGGUCUUCACCCAGAGCAUUAUGAUUUCCCACUGGACCCCGCCUUGUUGCCCCCGCCUGCUCCAGGAGAGGCUGGAGCCGGAGUUGUGGCCAGGAUUUUACCUGGUCCGGGGCAGUCAGACGGCCUGGGCCUGCCUGAGCUGCAGGGCUCCCUCCUGGACAGUGAGAUGAUGGAGACCGUGGACUCCCAGCAUGGCUUCGUACUGGUCAACUAACGCCAGCUGACGGGGGGUAAUAGAAAGCAGUAUUAAGCAAUGAGAACCUACAGCGCUAAGAGCAGAAGGAAUGGAGAUAUAAGUGGAGGCCACAAGCGUAGCAACAGGGAAGGAAAAGUGUUAAUUUUUGUACGACUAAUACAAACUUCAUUUCUUAGUUGUGAUGAACCUCAGACAACCUUUCUACCACAAUCCUCCCUUAGCCUACCUCCCUUUCUCCUCCCCUUGUCUGUUCUAGUUCUCAUCAGCUGUGUGAGGCAGGAACAGGUCCGAUAUGUGGCACAAUGUGAGCGUCGCCUCGCUGACUUGGCGAGGCUGCUGUUGUCACGGACAAUGUGACACCUGUGAGGACUGCGCCGUGAAGCCUGAGGGGGGGGUGCUGCACAUCCUGGAGGCUGCCAGAGUGCAGCUUCUCACCCAGAAAUGGUUUGGAAGUGAACUAAUUUAGGACUGACUGUCAGAUAAGGACAAUGGCUGGCAGUGGAGGGGUUUUUUGUAUUUAAAAGGACACCAUCAACAACAAUAGACUGGUUCUCAAAACACUUGUGCAUUUUUUUUUUUAUUUCAGUAGAUAAAAAAAACAACUGAACAUGAGAAAAUUGCCCUCAUUUAUCAAGGUACAAUGGAUAUCACCGCAAAUUCAAGUGUUAAAAGUGUUUUUUGUCCGUUCUAUAGCAAUGAUUUUACACACUAAUGUGAGCACCAAAGCUAACAUGGUCGCUGUAAUCAUGAGUGCACAGGCUUCAACACUAACAUAUACAUUACUCCAAAAAAUGACAGGUAAUUUUUUGCUGAGAAAAAUACCCGUAACAUGCUGAAUGAAGCACCGGGCUGUGGAGCAAUGCACCUUUUAACAGCGUUAAACUCUCUCCAAGCUGAUUUUUUUUUCGUUUGUUUUAGUUUAUUGCUGAAUGAAAAUAAUAGAUACGCAGAACACCGUUCUGUAGCUGCAGGCUGUUGUGUAGGCCACAUGACAUAAAUAAUAUUUUUCUUUUCUUUGUGUUUUUAGAACUUGUAACUACUGAUCCUGAUUUAUUUCUUACACUACUGAACUGCUUUUUUUUCCCGCUUUUCCAUCCGAUUGCACACACAUGCCAGGUCUCAUUAUGCUCAACAAGAUGAGGAUAAUUACCAGUUUUUGCAGGCGAAAUGGCCACACGUCUGUUUAACAGUUGAAUUGUAGGUCAUGCGUUUGCCUGAUAAAUGAGGGCUGAUGUAAUUAACGUGUGUUUGGUUGAGAAGUAGCGGUGUUUUAGACAGUCAAUAUUAUUCUAUUUUUGUGGCAAUACUGAAGCAAUAUUAAUCCUUAAUGUCGAGGGAUUAUGAAUCGAAGCCUCACCUGUACAGCCAGCUCUGAUUGGUUCCCGGGGACCUCUGAGUCGUCAGCAGUGACAUCACUCGAGCUGAUGAUGUAACCAGGAGAUAAUCUCCCUCCCUCACUCGCCCUGGAAGUGCAGGGACGAGCCUGGAGACAGUUGUGUGUAUGCGUGUGUGUGUUUGUGUGAGCGUGUGUGUGUGAUUAUGUUUGUUUGCACAAUUCAUACUUCAAAUUUUCUGCCUCCAUCACACCAUUUGUCUGGAAAAGGCAAACACUGUAUUGAUGUCUCCAUUCAAAAUAACACAAACUGUGCUUUCCCCCUCAGUGCACAGUCGUAGCUUUUAGAUUAAUUCUGGUUUACAUCCUCGAUUGCUCCUGUUAUGCCUCUGUGCUCUUCUAAUGAUGAAUCAUGUUUAUACUAAUGGAACGUCCCUCUAAAGAUUCCCUGCAUUAGAGAUCACGAAAGAAUGUUUUCCUCUCUGACACUGGGGCCGCUGUGAGACAAAGACCAGCAGAACAUCAGUCACCUGACACUGGAUUUUGACUACAGGCUCACCACCGCUCUUUGCCUGACAGCGAACCAGCAACAACAUGAGAGAUCUUUUUUUUUUUUUUUUUACAGCACUUAGACUGUGUUCAAUCUACUUGAAGCGCACAGACACAUGAUUUUUUUUUUUUUUUUUAAAAAAAACGACUUUUCAUUGGAAUAACAGGACAGCCAACGUCAGAGGGUUCAAUGUGAGAUUGCUGGACUGUGACCAUCUGCCAGACUGUGUGACCCUCAGUGAUCGUGGGUUAAACUGUUUGUCAGAUUAGCCUUCAAAACAAAGACAGUCACUCUCAGUCUGUAGACUGCACUGAGCGGGUAUCUUAGAGUUCACGAUCAGACUCUGAAGUGGUGGGGUUAGCAGUCUUUUGCUAGCAGGUAGCAGUCUUAAAUGAUGGCUAGAAAAUGUGGAUCAGCUGUGGUUGCAGUCCUGUGCAAGACUUAAAGAAAAAAAUCCACCCUAAAAUGCUUUUAACACUGUUUGUCAACAGAUAACGGCUACAACCGGUGAUCAGCGGUCUUUAAAAUGUUGUGUGGGCCCAUCACAGUGCCUCAAGUUGACACUCAAAUUGCUUGUUUUGUCCAAACCCCAAACUUAAUUAGUUUACUCUCAUAGAAGUCUAAGAAAGUUGCAAAUUUCUGUCACUUUGGGGCACUUUUGCAUAAAAGAAAAAUCAUUUAAAGGUCCAGCGUGUAGUAUUUAGUGGCAUCUGAAGAACUGAAGUGUAGGAGAACUAUAGUGGCUGAUGUGAGUGGCCCUAACUAGUGCCAGUGUUUGGUUUGUCUGCUCUGGGCUACUGUACAAAACAGGACAGACUCCCUGGAAGAUGACCCCUUUUGUAUACAGAUAUGAACAGCUCAUUCUAAGGUAAUGAAAACACAACAAUUUUUAUUUUCAGGUGAUUAUAAACAGACAAAAACAUGACUGUUUCUGCCAUUAGAUGCCCUUGAAUCCCACACACCUUUAAACCCUAUCUUGAUUUUCUUGUUGCUGAAUAAUUGUAUCUCUGCCCAGUCAGUAUGACAUCACUGUGAGUGGGAUCUCAUGAUCUUGGAACAAAUGCUGACUAAGUCAACAUUUAACUCUGACAUUUACGAGUCAAAAGGGCAGAGAUACUAAUAACUCAGCAACAAUGGCCCAAGUUCACCCGCAACCACAAGACAUGUUGCAAAACAGGUCUUGUGGUUGUGUUAAUAGUUCCCACCCUACACCCUACUGCAUUUACAAAUGCUGGUUAUGUUUGUCUGGUCAUACACCCACAUUUUAAUGACAGGGAUGAGCUCACACCCAGUUUGUGGGUCAUGCUGAAAAUGUCAUUCAAAAUGAGAAGCAGCUCAAAUGCAAGUGUCAGGCUCAACAUAAAAAAAAAACCUUAAAAUAGUUGGUACAUGGCAGUGUUAAAGUGUCAAAGGGUGGAUUUCGCCUUUUAAGUGUUUAUUUUGACGAUUGUUUGCUGUCAUUUUGUCAAUGGUCAGGCUAGAACAGCUACAGGAUGAUCUGUGGAAGUUGAAUACUGGAGCACUUUGACAACAAGAGGAAGAAGAGAUGUAGCGAGAGAGGAGGAGGUGGGAAAAAGGUUUGUAUCACUCUGCUGUUUCCUGGCAGAUGAAACGAACCGCAAUCUGUAGGAAACACCUUUCUCCUCUCUCUUCCCCACCAAUAAUGGACACAAAACACAUUUCUUUCAAAGAAAGACCAGACACAGUAACACUUUACUUGAUUGUCGAUUUUAAUCCAAGAAAGAGAAACGCUCGUCAGUUUAUGGCGAGCGUUCUUUGUACAAAUUAGUGGUGUAGUGAAUCUUCGGUGCGCCGAGAUUGAAUUUUGUGUUGAACGUGAAAAGUGUUCAGUGUGCCUUUUACUUUUUCUUAUUAUCAAUCUAAAUUAAGAUUUUUGAAUAGCACCAUUAUUUCUUGUUGGACCCUUUUAUUUUCUUAUGAUUACUUUUUUUUCCGAAAGUAAGUAGAGCCAGGUUUUACAAAGGUACAAAACCAAAGUCCCUCAGAAGUUUCCCUGUAUGACCCACCGUGUGGAGUUUUGGAGCUUCUUUGUCAGCUUCUCUACCGUGCUUUUUCUUGUUGGUCAAUCAGUGUAUGCCAUUUAAAAGUAUUAUAGCAAUAUUUCUCUAGUUGAAGACUAAAGUCAUGAAGAUUCUAGUGGACGUGUUUCCAGGUAUCAUAAUUUCACCUCCUGCUGAUAAAACAAAAACAUCAAUCUAUCAAUAGAAAUCCAGUUUUAUAUUUACCUUCAUUGAUGUUGACCACACAUAAGCUAACUUGCUGUUGAGAUUAAAAAAAAAGGUUUAUUGAACAGAAA